AAUCUUUCGAAAUUUGGCACGGUAGUCAAAAGUCCGUGGAAAGGGGUGUGGGGGGGGGGGAGCAACUCAUGUCCUGACUUCAGUUUCCAACUGGAAGACAGACUUCCUUCUUUUCAACGGUUUUCACAGAUGCGGUGACCCACGCUGUGCAGUGAGAAUCAGCUAACUUUCAAAAACAUCUGGAAAAAUGAAGACAUGGCUGAAAACUGUCUUUGGAGUCACUACUUUGGUUGCGCUUGCUCUAGUGGUGAUAUGCAUUGUCUUACGUCCCUCAAGAGUUUACAGCCCUGAAGGCAACACAGGAAGAUCUCUUACCCUGAAGGAUAUUUUAAAUGGAACAUUCUCCUAUAAAACAUAUUUUCCAAACUGGAUUUCAGAGCAAGAAUAUCUUCAUCAAUCUGAGGAUGAUAACAUAGUCUUUUAUAAUAUUGAAACAAGAGAAUCCUAUAUCAUUUUGAGUAAUAGCACCAUGAAAAGUGUGAAUGCUACAGACUAUGGCCUGUCACCUGAUCGGCAGUUUAUAUAUCUUGAAAGUGAUUAUUCAAAGCUCUGGCGAUAUUCAUACACAGCGACAUACUACAUCUACGACCUUCAGAAUGGGGAAUUUGUAAGAGGAUACGAGCUCCCUCGUCCAAUUCAGUAUCUGUGCUGGUCUCCCGUUGGGAGUAAAUUAGCAUAUGUCUAUCAAAACAAUAUUUAUUUAAAACAAAGACCAGGAGAUCCACCUUUUCAAAUAACUUACACUGGAAGAGAAAAUAGAAUAUUUAAUGGAAUUCCAGACUGGGUUUAUGAAGAGGAAAUGCUUGCUACAAAAUAUGCCCUUUGGUGGUCCCCAGAUGGAAAAUAUUUGGCAUAUGUAGAAUUUAAUGAUUCGGACAUACCAAUUAUUGCCUACUCGUAUUAUGGCGAUGGACAGUAUCCUAGAACUAUAAAUAUUCCAUACCCGAAGGCCGGAGCUAAGAAUCCCAUUGUUCGUGUCUUUAUUGUUGACACUAUCUACCCACACCAUGUGGGUCCUAUAGAAGUACCAGUUCCAGAGAUGAUAGCCUCGAGUGACUACUAUUUCACCUGGCUCACAUGGGUGACCAACGAACGAGUAUGUUUGCAGUGGCUAAAGAGAGUGCAGAAUGUCUCAGUCUUGUCUAUAUGUGAUUUCAGAGAAGACUGGCAUGCGUGGGAUUGUCCAAAGAACCAGGAGCAUAUUGAAGAAAGCAGAACAGGAUGGGCUGGUGGAUUCUUUGUUUCCACACCAGCUUUUAGCCAGGAUGCCGCUUCAUACUACAAAAUAUUUAGCGACAAGGAUGGUUACAAACAUAUUCACUACAUCAAAGACACUGUGGAAAAUGCUAUUCAAAUUACAAGUGGCAAGUGGGAGGCCAUAUAUAUAUUCCGAGUAACACAGGAUUCACUGUUUUAUUCUAGCAAUGAAUUUGAAGGUUACCCUGGAAGAAGAAACAUCUACAGAAUUAGCAUUGGAAACUCUCCUCCGAGUAAGAAGUGUGUUACUUGCCAUCUAAGGAAAGAAAGGUGCCAAUAUUACACAGCAAGUUUCAGCUACAAAGCCAAAUACUAUGCACUCAUCUGCUACGGCCCUGGCCUCCCGAUUUCCACCCUCCAUGAUGGCCGCACAGACCAAGAAAUACAAGUAUUAGAAGAGAACAAAGAACUGGAGAACGCUCUGAGAAACAUCCAGCUGCCUGCAGUGGAAAUUAAGAAGCUUGAAGACGGUGGAAUGACUUUCUGGUACAAGAUGAUUCUUCCUCCUCAGUUUGACAGAUCAAAGAAGUACCCUCUGCUAAUUCAAGUGUAUGGUGGUCCCUGCAGCCAGAGUGUAAAGUCUGUAUUCUCUGUUAAUUGGAUAACUUAUCUUGCAAGUAAGGAGGGGAUAGUCGUUGCCUUGGUAGAUGGCCGGGGCACUGCUUUCCAAGGUGACAAAUUCCUGCAUGCCGUGUAUCGAAAGCUGGGUGUGUAUGAAGUUGAGGACCAGCUCACAGCUGUCAGAAAAUUCAUAGAAAUGGGUUUCAUUGAUGAAGGAAGAAUAGCCAUAUGGGGAUGGUCCUACGGAGGUUAUGUUUCAUCCCUAGCCCUUGCGUCCGGAACUGGCCUUUUCAAAUGUGGUAUAGCAGUGGCUCCAGUCUCCAGCUGGGAAUACUACGCCUCUAUCUACACGGAGAGAUUCAUGGGCCUCCCAACAAAGGAUGAUAAUCUUGAACACUAUAAAAAUUCAACUGUGAUGGCAAGAGCAGAAUAUUUCAGAAAUGUAGACUAUCUUCUCAUCCACGGAACAGCAGAUGUGGUACUCUGACCAGAACCAUGGCAUAUCAUCUGGGCGCUCCCAGAACCACUUAUACACUCACAUGACCCACUUCCUCAAGCAGUGCUUUUCUCUGUCAGACUGAUCCAAUGCAAGUAUUAGCACGUAGCACAGUGUGAAGGCUUCAUGUGGAUGACUUGGACCAUGAAUAUUGUAAAGGCCGCUAGUAAUUUAGGAGGGCUCCGAAGUUUAGGCUGGGUAUUGUUUACAUUUUCUCAUGCUCCAUGAAAGGAGAAAAAAGGGGGACCGUGCCUUUCGCUUUGGACUCAAUGAUUUGUCACCUGUUCAUUUGGGACAGAAAUAAAGUCAUAUGCUCAGGUGGUUA